AUGAAACCGGGCGCAAUUGACCGCUUACGACGCGCAAUGACGACAGGAAAUCUUGACCCAGGUUAUCUUCGCCGGUUUCUGAUAAAGAGAAUCAAAGCCGAUCAAUGCGCAGCUGCAAGGCACUUAUUCGUCUCCGAUCUCAAUUUACCGACCACCAACGCCGUCAUCAGUUGCUUCACAGAGCCCACAUCAUUCACCUCAUCUGGUCCAUUAGCUGGAAUACCUUUCGUGUCAAAGGAUAAUUACUGCGUCAAAAGUUUCGAGGCCACCACUUGCGCGUCGAAGGCCCUUAACAACUAUGUUUCGCCAUACAGCGCUUCUGUUGUGCAGGCCCUAUUUGAUGCUGGAGCUGUUUGUUUGGGCAAGACAAAUAUGGAUGAGUUCGCAAUGGGAUCAGGAACUACCGAGAAUGCAUUACAUGGUCCUGUUGUUAAUCCCUGGUCCACCACUCCAAACGAUCCCCGGAUUGCUGGUGGGAGUUCUGGAGGCAGUACAGCAGCAGUGGCCGCCGGGUUAGCACCGUUCGCCUUAGCCUCGGAUACUGGGGGUUCGGUGAGAAACCCAGCAGCUCUCUGUGGUGUUGUCGGACUGAAACCAACCUACGGAUUGAUCUCCCGUCAUGGAAUGGUUCCACUUGCUAAUAUAUUUGACUGUCCCUCCCUCACAGCUACCCGAGUAGCUGAUAUCCAAGAGGUGCUUGCAGCGUGGCUUAGACCCAGAAGCGCUGCCAGGACUGGAGAUUCCACGCUAGCUGUUGCGAAACCUCCUAAGUUAUGUAGUUCACCUCGAAUUGGUAUUCCGAAGGAGUACUAUGCACCUGGUAUGGUGUCGGAGGUUGCUGAGGUAUGGAAUCGCGUGGCUUCGUGGCUAGCUGAUGACUUUAAUUUAUCGGUAGAAUCCGUGAGUCUUCCUCACACACCCGUCGCCACUGCAGUUUACUCGGUCCUGUGCUCGGUGGAAGUGGCAUCCAAUAUGGCCCGAUAUGAUGGUCUUCGAUAUGGUCUCCGCGUGGAGCCUUCUCAAGAAUUGUGUGAAACACUGGCUCAGCUGAACUUAGAUACAUUGGAUGGACUAAUGGCAGCAUCGAGGCAGUGGAGCUUUAAUGACGAGGUGCGGAACCGAAUAUUGGCUGGAAACUUUUUCCUGCUUCGUGGACAGAGACAUAAGCACUUAGAUGCGGCACGAAGGCUUUGGCGCCUGGUGAAGGCGGAUUAUGAUCAGGUCUUUACACAGGUAGACUUCCUUCUAGCCCCCAUUAAUCUACAUCCGGCUCCCAAUUUGCACGAAUUCCGUCAACUGGAUAACCGUUCGCGAAUUGCUCGUGAGGACCCUUGCACGGUUGGAGUUAAUUUGGCGGGUGUUCCAGCGAUCGCUAUACCAAUUCAGUUAAGUUGUCGAGAGAAACUACCAAUAGGGUUGCAGCUCAUCGGCCCUCCUUGGUCUGAAUCACAGCUACUUACGUUAGCAGGACGCAUCGAGGAAAGAGCCGACUUUCCUCUGCUUGUGGAAAUACCCAAACUUCUCGGAGUGGACUAA